AUGUUGAUGAGCGUAUUUAGGACUGACCGUCCUGGUAACGAGUCUUCGCAGGAUAAUCUGAGCGCGAUCGUGAAAGAAGGCUGCGAAAACGACGUUGGAAAAAAGGUCAAGGAAAUCUGCGGAAAGAAAGCAAGAGAGGUCAAUAGCUGCGUGUUACAUGCUGUUCAGGUUGAUAUGAUGGGUGUAGAUACUAGAUGUGCUGCUAUCGAGGGCUGUCUGAGAUUUGAAUGGAGCUUAAUAUUAAAUAUCAAGGCCAUGAAGGCCAUACGGGCCAGAAAUAAGAGAGCUCGACGCCGUAACGCGGCUUCUAUUCAAGCUGCUUUGACAGGUGGUGGAAGAAGGAAAAGCACUCCUCCAUCCCAUUCUGUCGCCGCAGUCAAGCCAGAGAAGUUCAAGAUUCGUCACCCAGGCCCUAACAAUGGCAAUGUCGCUUCUCAAGCAGUCUCCGCUGCCGAACCAAAGAGGUACACGAUCCGCAUCCCAGGACCCAAGAAGGCUAAAACCUUUGCUCAAACAAUCUCUGCUAGGAAGGUGAAGGUUGAAGAGGAUGAUGAUGAUGAUGAUGCCACCAGUGUUUUCCUGGCCCGAACAUUGCCAUAUAAGCCAACCUGGUUGAGAUUUACUCCCGGUAAGCCAGCAGUCAUGGUUUGA